AUGACCAAGCCAAUGCUGCCAAAGACGGCCGAGAAGAAGCCGCCAGCGGAGGAAGUUCCAGUGGAUGGUGCAGCAAAGGCACCGACAGAGGGGGAGGCCAAGCCAGACGCAGCACCUCCUCCAGAGGAACAAGCCCCAGAUCUAGCACCAGAGGCCCCUGUUGAGCCAGCAGCACCCGCAGCAGAGCCAGUCCCAGCAGAAGGAGCCCCAGCUCCGGCACCCCCAGCUGAGGAUGGGGCCUCUCCGGCAGAAGGAGACCCACCAGCCGAUAGAGCUCCCCCUGCAGAGGGUGCCACAGCAGAGCCUGCCCCGGCACCAGAGCCUGCCCCGGCACCAGAGCCUGCCCCGGCACCAGAGCCCGUACCAGAGUUGGAACCUCCUAGGAGUAGGCAUUGAUUUAUUUUCCUCUAAGCUAGGGUCAACUAUUAGGGGCAUGGUUUGUUCUGUAAUAAAUACUGGGAUUUCUUUAAUGAUGAUGAUAAUGAUGAUAAUAAGAUAGAAGGUAAACCCUGGCUGUGGUUUCUAUGGUUCUGUUCUCCUUUUUACUGUUAUUGUAAGGGGCAAUGUAAGUAGGAAUGGACAGUGCCACCUUCAUUGGUAAAUCAGAGAUGAUUGUUGUAUGUUUUGUCUCUCUGUAU